UGGAAGGGUGUCUGGUAGCAGCAUGAGAGGCUCAUGUUAGGUCUUUCCUGGGCUGGAUUCUGCAAUACUAGUGUCUGAGCAGCAUCGUCAGAUGGAAUGUCCGGUCCUGGAAUAUCAUGUAUAAAUGGACAGGAUGUGGUCUCCGCUUGCCAGAAGAGAUAGAGCUGAGAGGGGAAAUCUGUGACAAGGCCAUGGCUGACGAAAGCCAGGAGAUGGGUGGCAUCCAUUUUCCUUUCCCCUUCCCACCCUAUCCUAUCCAGAAGGACUUCAUGGCGGAGCUCUACAAGGUUUUGGAGGCUGGCAAGAUUGGGAUCUUCGAGAGUCCAACUGGCACAGGCAAGUCCUUAAGUCUCCUUUGUGGGGCCCUCUCCUGGCUCCGUGACUUUGAACAGAAGAGAUUACAGGCAGAGGCUCGUCUCCUUGCACCUGGGACUGGCCCCACCUGUGGUGGGCAGAACUCGCUCCCAUCUUCCUCAUCUUGCCAAGAGCCCUCUGACACCCCGAGGCCUGGCGGAGAACCUGACUGGGUCACUGAAUUUGUUCAGAAGAAGGAAGAAAGGGACCUGGUGGAGAGGCUGAAGGAGGAGCAGGUGAAGAGAAGGAAGCGAGAGGAGCGUCUGCAGCAGGUCUGCCAGGACGGAAGAAGGUUCAAGUUUGCAGCUAAGCGCAUGAAGAAGGAGGAAGAGGAGACCGAGACUCUCCUGCGCCUCAGCAGGGAGAUGCUGGCUGAAGGGACCGGGCCAGAACACCCGGAGCAGCUGGCGUGCGGGGAGGAGGAGCUGGUUCUGGCAGAGUACGAGAGUGAUGAGGGAGGGGCCAGCAGAGUGGAUGAGGAGGAUGAGGAUAACUUGGAGGAAGAACAUAUAACCAAGAACCUUUGUGUGCAUGAAGAUGUGAAAAGCCUGGGUUCUGUGCAGCUUAUGAAUGACCGCUGUGUGGACCUGCAGAGAAGCAAACACGAGAAGAACGGAGCUGGGGAAGACAAGCCAAAGAGAAGGAGACAGAAAAUCCAGACCUCUUGCCCAUUCCAUAACCAUGAGCAGAUGCAGCUUCUCCGGGAUGAGAUUCUGUUGGAGGUGAAGGACAUGGAGCAGCUUGUGGCCCUUGGGAAGGAGGCACGGGCCUGCCCCUAUUACGGAAGCCGCUUUGCCAUCCCUGCAGCCCAGCUAGUGGUGCUACCUUACCCAAUGCUGUUGCAUGCAGCCACCAGACAGGCUGCAGGGAUCAGGCUACAAGGCCAAGUAGUCAUCAUCGAUGAAGCGCACAACCUGAUCGACACCAUCACCAACAUCUACAGUGCAGAGGUCACUGGUUCCCAGCUCUGCCAGGCCUAUUCUCAGUUAGUCCAGUACAUGGAAAGAUACAGGAAGCGUUUGAAGGCCAAGAACCUAAUGUACAUCAAGCAGAUCCUGUACUUGCUGGAGAAGUUUGUGGCUGUUUUGGGAGGUAAUGUUAAGCAAAAUCCUAGUACACAGAGCCUGCUCCAGACAGGAUCUGAACUGAAGAGCAUCAAUGACUUUCCCUUUCAGAGUCAGGUGGACAACAUCAACCUGUUCAAGGUGCAGCGGUACUUGGAGAAGAGCAUGGUCAGCAGAAAGCUCUUUGGCUUCACAGAACGCUUUGGAGUGGUUCUUCCGUCUCCCUCGGCCUCUCAGGAGAACCACAGUCUGGACGGCUUCCAGCACUUCCUGAAGAGCCUGCAGUCAGGGCCUGCUGAGGACUCCCUGGAGGAAGGCCAGGCCACCGCCCCUCGGCCUGCCUCUCCACUGAUGCACAUCGAGGCCUUUCUGGCGUCUCUCACUACUGCCAACCAGGAUGGCAGGGUUAUCCUGAGCCGCCAAGGCAGUGUCGGUCAAAGCUGCCUCAAAUUCUUGCUCUUGAACCCAGCUGUGCAUUUUGCCCAGGUGGUGAAGGAAUGCCGAGCAGUGGUCAUUGCCGGUGGCACCAUGCAGCCGGUCCACCCCUUAUUCCUACAUGUGAGAAGAAAUCUGGGGAUCUGUGCCUGUUGUCUGGGAUGCUGCUGCAGACUCUUCUCCAUAGGAAUUCCUCUUUUCGCAUUGUGA